CUUUGGGGGAUCCACGGUGAGUUUUCAGGCUCCACCUCUCGCGAGACUCCCGGCUCGCGGGUUCUUACCAGGCAGACGGACUUCCAACAUGGCCGCAUCAAGCGACGCAGAGCAAACGCAUUUGCAAGACAUGGAGGAGGGAGACGCAGGGAUGGAGAAGAGAAAUAUGGGAUCGGAUGGAGAAGAAGAGGCGGAGGAGGAGGGUAUGGGAGUAGAACAUCCAAGUGAAGAAGAGGAAGAGGAUGAGGGGAAUUCGUCUGAAGACGAGAAAGAGAAUGAAGCGGAGAUCCAACGGUUGGAAGAGCAGUUGUCAAUCAAUGCUUUCGACUACAACUGCCACAUUGAUCUCAUCAAACUACUGAAGCAGGAGGGAGAACUUGUCCGUCUGCGAAAGGCGAGGCAGAAAAUGAGUGAACUUUUCCCACUCACUGAAGAGAUCUGGCUGGAUUGGCUCAAGGAUGAAAUCCGUCUGACUGAAGAGGAGCCAAACCGGGAGAAAGUAUAUGAACUUUUUGAGACGGCUGUCAUAGACUAUAUCUGUCCAGAUAUCUGGCUUGAAUAUGCCCAGUAUUCAAUUGGUGGCAUGGGCUCACCAGGUGGGAUGGACAAAGUGCGAUCCAUCUUUGAGAGGGCUGUGACAGCUGUGGGGCUUCACAUGACCAAGGGACACGUGGUGUGGGAAGCGUACAGAGAGUUUGAGAACGUCAUGCUUUCCACAGUACAGCCUCCACCUGGAAGGAUUCUUAAUCACGAGGAGCAGGAACUGCUGAAAACUCAGAUUGAGCGUAUCCACACACUGUUUCGUCGCCAGCUGGCCGUUCCUUUUAUGGACAUGGAAGCCACCUAUGCAGAGUAUGACGAGUGGUCUGAACAUGGGGUGGCUGACACGGUCAUACAUCAGUACAAAAAGGCUCUGCAGCAGAUGGCGAAGUGCAAAUCUUUUGAAGAAGCACUGAUAGUAGCAGAACCUCCUAAACUGGCAGAGUAUCAGUCCUACAUUGACUUUGAACUGAAGGAGGGCGACCCUGCACGGGUCCAGAUCAUCUUUGAGCGGACUCUAGCAGAGAACUGCCUUGUACCAGACAUGUGGGCAAAAUACACCACCUAUCUUGAUCGUCAGCUGAAGAUCAAAGACAUGGUUCUCUCCUCUCAUGAACGUGCAGUCAGGAACUGCCCCUGGACGAUGGGUCUGUGGAAGAGCUACCUGCUCGCUCUGGAGAGGCAUGGCGCUGACCAUCAGACAGUCUCAGAUGUAUUUGAAAAGGCGCUGAAUGCAGGUUUCAUUCAAGCAACGGAUUAUGUGGAAAUUUGGCAGGCAUACCUCGACUAUCUGAGGAGACGUGUGGAUUUCAGCAAAGAAUCAAGUAAAGAGUUGGAGGAGCUACGAGGAGCUUUCUCUCGCUCUCUAGACUACAUGAAGCAAGAUGUGGAAGAAAGAUUUAGUGAAAGUGGAGAUUCUUCUUGUAUCAUAAUGCAGAUCUGGGCGAGGAUAGAGGCCCUCCACUGCAAGAACAUCCAAAAAGCCAGAGAACUGUGGGACAGUAUCAUGACAAAGGGGAACGCUAAGUAUGCCAACAUGUGGCUGGAGUACUAUAACCUUGAGAGGUCCUAUGGAGACCCUCUUCACUGUCGGAAAGCUCUCCACAGAGCAGUUCAGUGCACCUCAGACUACCCGGAGCAUGUGAGUGAAGUCCUGCUCACAUUUGAGAGGGUUGAAGGUUCUCUUGAGGACUGGGACGUGGCGGUGCAGAAGACAGAGACCCGGCUGAAUAGGAUUAAUGUGCAACGGGCAAAGGUUGCUGAGAAAGAGGCCAACCUGGCUGGCCAAGAUGUUGGGAGAGCUGAUCAGCGGCGAAAAACCAAGGCAGACAAGAAAGGUCAGAAGAAUGUCCAGAAGGGAACUCGAGCUGGGGAGAAGAGAAAAGCAGAGCAGGAUGAUAACUCUGGUACUAAAAGGCACAGAGGAAAUGGGAACCAACCGUCGGAGUACAUGGAGACCGAGACGGGACUCUCUGGGAGGAAUGCUCCGCCUGGCUAUAAGCCUGCUGCACACGGCAAUAAAAGGGCUGCGGCCGCUGUCCACAAGCAGAACGAUGACGAUGACAAGCCAGAGCUUCGCAAUGAUAACAGCAGCGUAUUCAUCAGCAACCUGGCAUACACCCUGGAGGAGCCAGAGGCAAAGCUGAGGACGCAGUUUGAGACCUGUGGUCCCGUCAAACAGAUUCGCCCGGUCUUCGGCACCAAAGGGAACUUCAAAGGCUACUGCUAUGUACAGUUUGAAUCCACAGUGUCUGUGGCCGAAGCCUUGAAGCUGGACAGACGGGAGGUGGAGGGCAGGCCCAUGUUUGUGUCGCCGUGUGUAGACAAAAACAAGAAUCCAGACUUUAAGAUGUUCAAAUACAACACAUCCAUGGAGAAACAAAAGAUCUUCAUCUCUGGGCUGCCGUUCUCGUGCAAUAAAGAGCAGCUCGAGGAAAUCUGCAAAAGUCACGGCACCGUCAAAGAUAUUCGUCUGGUCACAUAUCGCUCAGGGAAACCCAAGGGUCUGGCGUAUGUUGAGUUUGCAGAUGAAGCCCAGGCUUCUCAGGCAGUUCUGAAAUUGGACGGCAUGUGUGUCGAGGACAACACGAUCUCUGUUGCCAUAAGCAACCCUCCGAGCAGAAACAUGGAUAAACCUGGUUCCCACAGGCUCAUGACAGACAUGCCUCGCCAGGUCUUUGGAGCGAGAGGAAGGGGACGCACCCAGCUCUCACUGCUGCCUCGUUCCCUGCACCGACAAAGUGGGUCAGUUAGCAAAGUCGAGAAUGGGACCGCGGCUGAGCGGAUGCCAGCCACAGCCAGCGAGGCGUUGAAUGCAGCCGGAGAGACGAAGCCUUUGUCAAAUUCAGACUUUGCCCGGAUGCUUCUCAGCAAGUGAGAAGAUGAGCGAGAGAAUUAUGGCCGCCUACACACUGAAAGCCAUCUUGUGUCCUUACAAAUUAGUGUUGGUGACGAUUCUGUAAUUGGUUUCCCAGCUUCCCUUUUAAUCUCAGUCUUGUUCUCAUCAUUCGUUCUGCGAGAUUUGCCUUAAUCGCCGAGCUCCUGCCCUCCAUCAAAAGACUCUUCAAACGAGACUUUUCAUCAGUGUGACAGAUUGUUUUCUUUUGGUUUGUUUGAAGCUGUCGUGGGAUUUUGUUUUUUUUAUUAAAAGAAAAAAGUGUAUCAUAUUUGUGUGUAAAUAGACUGUAUCUAAAAUUGUUGCGUGGUUUUUGUGUAAGUGGACGAGAGCUGAGAGAAACAUAUGGGAGAGUAUUUUUUUAUAAAUAUUCCUAACAGCCAACCAAGUGAAUGUUGUUUAACGGUGAUGUGCAAAAGUUCAGCUGUGGUGUAAUAUAGAUUGUGUGUGCGUGUGCGUGUGUGUGUACAGAUGGAUGUUUUUAGGAAACUUAGGAUUUCUGUUAUGUACUUAUUGUAACUUAUUUUUGACCUGAGGACAACGUUAACCAGUCUGUAGUACAACUAAUGAUUCAUUUUACAUAAUGCAAUCUGUGAUUUACCAUCUGCUAUUAAUUAUGAUGCUAUGACAUCUAUAGUAGUCCAGUAUUAGUUAAUUGUCUUUCUCUCGGCCUGUGGACAUGUUACUACAGUAUAAAACUGUCCCAGCGCUAGUUACCAGUUAUAAUAUUUACAGAACUGCUUGAAUUUCCGUUCUCAUAACUCUUCUUUUCUCGUACAUCACUGUUAACGUGAUCUCUGUUCGGGGUAUCGAGUUAUUUAUAUGGUUUUCUACAUCAGUCUGAUUUAUGUGCAUUGUACCAAAAGUCAGAUUCAGAGAGAAAUUACCCAUAAUCCCUGCACCGUGUGAAACUCAAGCAGUGUUAAUGUGUCGAAUUGGUGGCUUCUUGCCCAACAGUCCAGGCUAUUCGUCAAACAGAAUAUGUAUUGACAAUUUCCAGUACCUCAAAUGUUUCCCUCUUACAUUUUGUUAAAUAUAAUGUAUUUGGGUUUAAGACUUAUGAUAGGACAUCAUUAACUGUUGAUGUCGUCUUGGGCCCGAGGAAAUUGGGAUGGGCAUGUUUCACGGUUUCCGAGGAGAAAAAUAAUUGGCCAAUUAAUCAAUAAUUUAAAAAUAGUUUUUCUUUGUAAUCGGUGGAGUUGAUUUCACCCUGAGAAUGAACGUGUGAUGGGCACACUUGUCUGACAGCUUGUCAGCAUUCUGGGGACAGACGGUUUGUCGUCAUCGACACGUCGUGAAGUCUGCGGCUCCUUCGACACCAGAGAAGAAAAUCUGUCCAGUUCUUUCUGCUUUCUCAUGUUAGAAGUCGACCAGUUGUCCACUUUUCAUUUUUGGAUAUCAAUUCUGUUUGUGUACAUAAUGUUGAGUAUUAAUUUCAAAACAGAUGGAACACAAGCUAUAUGUAUUUCACCACAGUGGCCUAAUCUGAAAAAAAAAAAGUAACUCCGUUUUGUGUAAAAAAUGUACUUUGCUCCCAUUUUAUUUUAAAUUUGGUAUUGAUGUAAAUACUAAAAAUGGAGCUUUGUUUGAUGUUUAAUCCAUAUUUAUUUACCGGCUUGUCUUAUUAUUUACCAUUUUCUACCCUUGUGUUGUGGGUUUCUGUAACAAAGAAGAAAAAGUGUCAUGUUUUUUUGAGAGUCUAAAACUUGUUUUAAUAAAGUCAUGUAAAUAAUCUUA